GCUUGCUGAAGGUAGACGAGUAGAACUUUACCUGUCAGUCACCUAGCGACAGCACAAAACAAAGAGGAAGGAGGCAGUGAGGCAAAAGAGCCCAGGAAAUCAAGAAAGCUCGUGCAAGCCAUGGCGGGAGUUGCGUCCCUCAACGCCCUCGCUCUCCGCGCACCUUCCCCAUCACCCGCGGCCCCGUCCCCGCGCCGCGGCACCGUCGCCGGUGCCCUCGCGUUCCCGACACCGCCGCGCUUCCCGUUGCUGCGUGCCGCGCGCCGCGUCCUGGCGCGUGCGGUGGCGGCGGGCGGGGACUCCGAAGACGAGUGGGGGCCGGAGCCUGAGGGUGGGUCCGCGGUCACGGGGACGGCGGUGGCCGAGGCGUCCGACCCGGAGGCGAGCGAGGUGGCAGAGCUCAAGGCGCAGCUCAAGGAGGCGCUGUACGGCACAGAGCGGGGUCUUCGCGCGUCCAGCGAGACGCGGGCCGAGGUGGUCGAACUCAUCACGCAGCUCGAGGCGCGCAACCCCACGCCGGCGCCCACCGAGGCGCUAACGCUCCUCAACGGCAAGUGGAUCCUCGCGUACACAUCAUUUUCUCAACUAUUCCCUCUGCUGGGGUCCGGAAGGCUACCUGAGCUUGUAAAGGUGGAGGAGAUAUCACAGACUAUUGAUUCGGAGACUUUCACAGUGCAAAACUGCAUCAAGUUUUCAGGACCAUUGGCUACAACCUCAGUUUCCACCAAUGCUAAAUUUGAAAUUAGAAGCCCCAAGCGUGUGCAGAUCAAAUUUGAUGAAGGUGUUAUCGGAACCCCACAACUGACCGACUCCAUUGUGCUACCUGAGAAGUUUGAGCUCUUUGGACAGAACAUCGACCUGAGCCCAUUGAAAGGCAUAUUUUCUUCCAUCGAAAAUGCAGCGUCCUCGGUUGCAAAUACCAUCUCUGGUCAGCCACCACUGAAGAUACCGAUUAGAACCAACAAUGCUGAGUCCUGGCUGCUCACAACCUACCUUGACGAAGAGCUCAGGAUCUCUAGGGGCGACGGUAGCAGCAUCUUUGUGCUGUUCAAGGAGGGAAGCUCCCUUCUAAACUAGGAUCCACAUCCUGGGUAUAGGAUUCGAUGUUGGAGGGCGAACCUUGGAAGCAUUAUGCUGACCAUGGUUCCUUUUUCUUGAUUUGUGUUUAUAGUAUAUUUGUCGGCUGUUUGCUCUAGAAUUGGUACCUUACGGGUAAAUGUUUGUAAUCGAUGCUCUUCGUUUCUAUAAACUGAAAUGUACAUAUACUUGCAGUUGUCCAGCUGCUUCAAACACUGGGUCCCAAUUGCCUAUAGUCUGCUGCAAAGUACUCAAAAACUUGAUUUCAUGCUAAAUAAAGUGCCAGAGAAUAAACUGA